CUAACUGCCUGUUUAAUAAUCUGUGCUUCGUUAACUUAACCCAAGUUUGUUUCUUUUGUACAUUUGUAUUUUUGAAAAGCAUUAUAAAAAGAAAGUAAACAAUUUUCCUUUGUGGCUUUGCAAUGUCUUCUCUGAAAGAAGAAAGCGUGCGGCGCAACAGCGAGAGUGAGGCCGGUGAAGUAGAGACGCCAGAACACGACCCUCACUUCGAUCCCAUCGUAUCUUUACCUCUCGUGGACAUUCAUACUAAUGAGGAAGAUGAAGAGGAGCUGGUAAAGAUACGAGCUAGGUUGUACAGAUAUGAUACUAGUGACCACGAAUGGAAGGAACGAGGCACUGGAGAUAUAAAAUUAUUGAGACACAGAUCUAAUAACACUGUCCGAGUUGUUAUGAGACGGGAUAAAACACACAAAGUGUGUGCUAACCACUUUAUAACACCUGAUAUUAGGAUGAAUGUACACUGUGGAUCUGAUAAGGCUUUCAACUGGUCUGUAUUUGCUGACUAUGCCGAUGAAACUUGUAAACAAGAGUUGCUUGCAAUAAAAUUUGGUAACCCACAGAAUGCCGAGCUGUGGAAGAAGAAAUUUGCAGAGGCCCAAGAAAUAGUCAGGACAAAAUGCAGUUUGUACACCCAAGAUCAAUCUUCAGAUGAUGAAAGUAGUAUCACAAGAAGUGAAGAUACAGAUACUCCAGAACCUAAGAUGGUGGAUAGAUCACCCGAGGAAGACAGCAAGAGUGAAAAUCUAGAUAUAAAAGAUGGUGUGGUACUAAAGUUGAAGGAACUUAAAGUUGAUGGUGAAAAAGUUGAAUAACUUUGAUGAACUUCUUAUUCCAAUAAUUUUAAAGAUGACAUAAGUUUUGACAUACUUAACAUAGGAAAUAAAAUAAAUUACAAGUGUACUUGUUAUAAACAUUAUGAAAGGUUGAAGAAUAUUUUUUUUUAUUAGGUGUGACAAGAACUGAG